UUUGAAAUCCAGCGUGUUCCAGUCUGAGACUUUAAGUUUCGUUUCUGCCGACCUGAAACUGCUUGUCACAUCUGAACAACGCAUCUGUGAUCUCUGCUGUUUUUUCCUCAGCUCUCUAUAACAGGAGUUCAGACGUCCAAGUCCACUAUGAACCCCAGACUAACACAAAGCCAGCAGAGAACAAUCUGCACUCAGCUGGGAGGAGUCAAACUGCAGCUGCUGUACAAGGCCAGCAUCCACGGCUUCACCGGUGCAGCAUUUCACCAAAGAUGUGACAACUGCUCUCCCACUGUGUCUGUGGGCUACAACAACUCUGGUUUUGUUUUUGGAGGCUACACCAAACAACCUUUUAGUCAGUCUGGACAGUACGUGAAUGAUGAUCAGGCUUUUCUUUUCACAUUUAAUGCUGAAAAGCUCAUAAAAUAUCCGGUUAAUGAUUCUGCAUAUGCAGUGAGAAUGAUAGCUAACACUGGGCCUUAUUUUGGAGAAAAUUUGGUUCUUGUCAAAGGAAGCCAAGCAGUAGCACACAGCAAUCCAGGAAAUUAUUACAACUUCCCUGCUGCACAAAUGCAUGGCGAUAACCUCAACCUGACUGAUUGUGAAGUCUAUGAAGUGGAGGGAGCAACUGAACUUGAGAGACCAUGGAGGACUGUAAUCUGGGAAUCUGGGAAGAGGACGGAGCUGACUGAGAGCAUUAAAAGCUACAAACCCACAGUCAGCUCUGUGACCCAGCCUCGGGUUUUGCUCAUUGGACCAGUUGGAGCUGGAAAGUCCAGCUUCUUUAACUCUGUCAACUCUGUAUUCAGAGGCCACGUCACCAGCCAGGCCAUAUCUGGCUCCUCCUCCACCAGCCUCACCACACAGUUUCGCUCCUACUCUGUGAAAGCUGGGCGUGAAGGGAAACCUCUUCCAAUAAUCUUGUGUGAUACCAUGGGACUGGAGGAGACCAAAGGGGCGGGGCUUGACAUUGAUGACCUCAGCAGCAUCCUCAAAGGUCACCUGCCAGACCGUUAUCAGUUCAACCCUUCAGCUCCUCUGCAUCCUGAGGCCCACGGCUAUCGCACAUCUCCUGGACUCAAGGAUAAGAUCCACUGUGUGGCCUAUGUUAUUGAUGCUUCCAAGGUCUCCAUCAUGCCCACAGGGCUGGAGGAGAAGCUGGAUGCUAUCCGCAGAAAGGUCAACUUAAUGGGUAUUCCUCAGCUGGUCCUCCUCACUAAAAUAGAUGAAGCCUGUCCACUGGUGAAGGAGGAUGUGACAAAUGUAUAUAGGAGUGGCUACAUUAAGGAUCUGAUGCAGGAGGUCGGCUCUCGGCUCGGUGUGCCGUUGUCCUGUAUCAUUCCAGUGAAGAACUACAGUGAGGAGUUGGAGUUGGACAUGAAUUGUGACAUCCUGUUGCUCAGCGCCGUCAUCCAGAUGUUUCGCUUUGUUGAUAAUUACUUUGAUGAGCUCAGUGACCGAAUGAGUAACAUGCAAACCAAAGACUAGGAAAAGACUGAGGAGCCGCCAUAAGCAAGUGAUGAAAUAUCCCUGAAAAUAGUUCAUUUACCUGCAGGUGACCCUGCAGAGUGAUGGUUAGCAGUGUCAACAGAGGUUUGAUAUUGUGAAUAUUGGGAGAUACCUUGGCAGGGAUAUCCAGUCUUACUUCAGAAAUUUAAUGCACUGAUUACUAAGUUUAAUUUUAUCUAGCAGUAGAAAAAUUCCCCUGGAGGAUACACCAAGACAUUUUUAUUUAAUUUUAUAUAUUUUAUCAUAAAUGAAUAGGUCUGCCAAACUAAAAUAUCAUGUUAUUACCAAAGGCAUCAUAAAGAGGGUUUUUAUGUUGCACAAACAUUUACAUUUCAUUUAUAAAUGUAUUCAUUAACUUAAUGUAUUUUGCUUAUUUUUUAUUUAUUAAAUGUGGCUAAAACUGUGGGUACUGUGGCUACAACAGUGUGAUGUUUCCCCAUCAAGUCAUUUGAUAAACUGUUUCCCUACAUCAAGCUUUGCGGUAUUUAUCGGUUUUUCCUGGAACUAAUUUUCAGAUGUUUUAUUGUGUAAUAAUGAUGUUGACAUUAUUUACAUUCACCUGUGUUUCAGCUUUGUCAGUGAUGGUCCUUACUGAGCAGAGUAAAUGCAGUGGAGCUUUUAGUAAAUUAAAAAUGCAAUGUGUGCUGAAAAUGUCAGUAUAACUACUUCAAAUGAGUCAUCUAAGUCAGUGUUCUGUAGUAAUAGCACAAAUAAAGUCCAAAUGUAACAACACUACUGUUAUGAUUUAUACAUUUUUUUUUAUUAAAGUUGAACAUGUGUACAGAAA